AUGAGAACGACUAGGAAAACAGCAAAUCUUGCUAGUGGCAAUGGAAACAUUACCACUAAAAAACGGAAAUACAAUCGCAAACCGAAAACCAAUUCACACGAGAAAGAAAACCAACCUCCGAGAUCGGACGUCUUCCAGGCACGACUAAAGCAAGUGAGCAUUCCCCAAGCUUCUUACGCAACUUCGUUUGUUGUAUCUGCUAAAAAGGAAAGUGAACCCUCUGAUGAGUUACCGAGUUGUCAGAACCAAAUAACCGAGAGUCGUCCGGAAGAUGUCGGCAAAGCAAAGCCGGAACCAUCUACGCAAUAUCUAUUGCAACAGCAGAAAAUUGAUGAGCAUUUGAGUGUAGCAGCUGACCGAGACUUGAAUCAAGUUAAUUAUGAGAUAAUUGAUACUGGAAGCCAUGGCAACAACAUCAUUGAAGUAACCGAUAUCACAGCACACUACUCGGAAGCAAAUAAUGGAACAUCGAUAAUUCUGAAUGCCUGUAAAGAAGAACCGUUAAGCAAUGUGACAUAUUGGAGCUUGUUCGAUCCGGCAACAUGUGCCACCGUACUGAAAGCAGAGAAUCUUCCCAGUGACCAGUCAAAUAGGAAAGCCAGUUCUUUUAACGGUCCCUAUAAACUGUACAGGUUCAUGAUCUGUGAAUGGUUCUACAGCCAUAUUGAUCGUCCAUUGUUCGCGGAAGGAUACAGCAAGAACCUGGAACUGGGUGCGCUGUUAAAUGCAAACUUUCCGUUACUGUUCACCCGUUCACUGAAUCGCGUCCAGUGGAACUAUAUCCGUCUGACGCUCCGAAAGCAAAGGCCGGUUCGUCGCUUGUCGCACGCUUUUUUUCUCGAUGAGCGCAUCAAUCUGGAGCGUCGCCGUGAAAAGUUGCGCUUUCUGAUGGAAAACUCCAUGAUUGAGUAUUUGGACGACGAUAUACCGUCGGCCAUUCCGAAACCGAUCGAACUCGGAAGUACGGUUCGAGGUACAUCUUUUCAACCGAAUUACGGAUCUUAUACGGGCGAAGUUAUUGGCGUUCAAAAUCGAAACAUCCCAUUGUUUCUGGUUCGUUUUGACAACGGGAAUCAGCAAGUACUUCCAGACUAUCGCGUAUCGCUCGAGCAGUCCUUUCACCUCGCGGAAGCUUCGGAUACUGUUUCUGUAACAUUUAAACAUCUGAAGCAAAUCACAUUGUUGGAAAAGAAGCUGCAAGAAAAAAUCAAAUUUUUACACGGUUUGGAAAAUAUUCGACUCAACCUAGCCGGUCGUCAUGCAAUGGGAAAACUCGACCCGAAACAAGAUCACGAGCAGAUCGAACGCUAUGAUCAGAUCGUUCGAAAGCUGCUGCAUCUGAAUCGUAACUUGCUCCAACUGAUGAAACAAAUCGCCACGGAUUAUGAACAGUACAUGUCGGAACCAUUGACGGCGGAUAAUUCGGAGGACGUCCCCGUGAUCGACAAGUAUGUGGUGGAUGAGACCAAUCAGCUACUAGCGGCGUACGCUCAGGUGGAUGGUGCUUACAACAGUCCUAUGGCGGUGCAGCUUUGGCGAGAAACCAUGCAGCGCUUGCACAAGCGUCCGGAAUACUUGCAACAGUUCGAGGUGCAUCUUGCGUCCAGAAUUGGGAAGUUAUUCGAUACAACUCCCUAAACCACAUACCUGAUGAUCCAGUAUUAAACAAUACGUUCUAGUUACCAGUAAUAUUCUAAUGUUUUUUGUAUUUAUCUGUAAUCUUAACUAGUAGAAAAAUUCGUUAAACCCUGAAACCCACCCAAAAACAAGGACAGUUGUAGAACAGGAGGAAGUAGUAGAAGAGAAUAUCGUUAGAAAGACAAUCAAAGCAAACACAAUCCGGGAAAACAGUGCUGUUAUCCCCGGAACAAAUUCAGUCAAUUUUCUCCAUCACACACGU